CGUUGGGAGUCAUAAAGUUACCGGAUCCUUCCUCACGUCUCUCAAGUUCCGCCGAUUUUUUUUUGGCAGCGCAGACCCCCUGGUAUCUUUCUUUCCCGCAUCCAUCGGCAGGCGCAUCGACAGUCUUUUGAAGACCGAACCGUGCAAUCACUGAAUAUUGAAUGGUCAACGUCCCCGCUCUAGGUUCUCUUCUAGGACGCCCUAGAUCCAACUUCCGGCUGUAGAGGGUAUUUGUGCGAGAACUCAACUUAGCUAGACCGGGCAUCCCUGGUUGUCCCCGGUCGGUUAACUCUUCGAGUUUCGCACACGUUUCUCUUCUUCACUCCCCUCCAAUUUACGUAAAUCAGAGGGCGUCCCUUUCUCAACGCAAUCAUGAGCUCACCACCAGGAGACGAGGACGCGCCAGUUUUUGUGGCUUCCAGCUCGCCCAUUUCGAUUCGCGGAGGCUCUCCUGUACGCCGACGAACGACCAGUGUGUCCCAUAGCGAGAGCGACGUUGCACGUUCCCGGCACUCCCCUACCAUCAGCCGUUCCGUGGACCCUAACGACCCGCUGGCGAGGGAGCGGCAGAGAACAAUGGAUGUAGACAUGGCGAUGCAGCUCUCCCGAGCACGAAGAGAGACACUGCCAGACACCACCUCCGACUCCACUUUCCCCGCGCUGUCGCCACAGGAGCAACGUGAGAUCGACAUGGCGCGAGGGGAACUAGAGGAGCGUUCGCGCGUGCUAGACGCCGAGCUGGGGAACGUUGCAGAGCCAGUCUCUUUCCUUCAAUCGCGGCUCAUGUCAGCGCACGACCCCGCCAUGAUAGUCCACGAAUCGCAGCAUCUGCGGGCCAUGCAGUCCACCUCGUUUGGACUGCCCACAUACCAGGCGAAUGUGUCUCAGUCCGAGUUUGACUUUGGUCCGAUGGACGAGUUUGCUCGGGCUGAGAAGGUGGUUCUGGAUCAGACAAAACCCAAAUUUUCGCUGAAUGCGCUGAGGGCAAGGACUAUUGCCCCUGAUGAAGAGGAUAUGGCGCUACCGCAGGAGGGAGGGGAACCAUCGGCGCCACCGCGUCGCAAGCUGAGCGAGAGCAAUCCUAGGCCGAGACACCCUCGCAAGACCGGUGGCAGAAAGAUGGCAAUGUUCGAAGGAAACAGCAAUGGCGAUCUUCCCCCGUUCACAUUUGACGGUGGUGCUCAUAGCACGUCCGGAAUCCUCAACACGGGACAUGACAGGCCAUACCGAUUUUCUUUCUACUCAAAUGCCAUGUCAGCCACGAUCCACGCGCGGAGCCUGAGCGAGCUGCCAGCCGAGGGCCAGUCUUUCGGUGAUCUGUUCUCUGGCAAUCUUCCGGCCCCCGGUGGAAUGGCCAGGGACCAAACGCGGCCGGGGCCUUCGCCUUUGAUCAACGAAAAGGCACCCGAGCGAUCGAAUGGCAAGGCACCGGUUGGGGAUCAUCCUCGCCGCAGCGGUAACGAUCCAGAAACCAAUACUUGGUGGCUGGAUAUUCAAAGUCCUACGGACGACGAGAUGAAGAUGCUCAGUAAAGUAUUCGGCAUCCACCCUUUGACGACAGAGGAUAUCCAGAUGGAAGAAACGCGGGAGAAAAUUGAGCUUUUCCGCAACUAUUAUCUGGUUUGUUUCCGGUCUUUCGACCAGGAUCAGUACAGCCCGACCCAUCUUGAGCCGUUGAACAUGUACAUCAUCGUUUUCCGCGAAGGAACGCUCUCAUUCCACUUCCGUCCGACACCUCACCCACAGAAUGUGCGCCGGCGGAUCAAACAGCUCAAGGACUACAUCAGCGUCACCUCGGACUGGAUUUCGUACGCGCUCAUUGAUGACAUAACCGACGCAUUUGGGCCUCUCAUCCAAGGGAUCGAGUAUGAAGUCGACAGUAUCGACGAGCUGGUAUUGAUUCUGAAGGAGGCGGAGCAAAGCGACAUGUUGAGGAGGAUUGGGACCUGCAGGAAGAAGGUUAUGGGUCUUUUGCGCCUGAUGGGGAACAAAGCCGAUGUCGUGAAGGGCUUGGCUAAGCGAUGCAACGAGCAUUGGCGUGUCGCGCCCACUUCGGACAUUGGCCUCUAUCUGUCCGACAUCCAAGACCACUUGAUCACAAUGACUCAAAACUUGAAUCACUACGAAAAGAUUCUGUCCCGGUCGCACUCGAACUAUCUGGCUCAAAUAUCGAUCGAGAUGACCGAUGCGAAUAACCAGAUCAACGAUGUGCUUUCGAAGCUGACUGCGCUUGGUACCGUGCUCAUCCCUAUGAACCUCGUGACUGGUCUGUGGGCUGCAGCUGCCGCCACAAUAUACCCGGGUGCUCAGAAAAACCCACUGACGCCUGGGACCGACUUCUUGAUUAUGAGCGCCGAUUCUCGACCGUCUGCGACUCCUCGUGGAACUCCCUCGAGGCGCGGCAAAUCCCCUGCCACUCCCAGUCUUGAUUCGAAGCCCCCAAAUUGGCCAUCUCCACAUAAUAUUCCCCAAGACAGCCCCUCCUCUGCCACACCUCGCGGCAGUCCGUCCCGGAGAGGGAAAUCUCCUCGCGUCGCGCCCGCGAGCUCGGCAUCGCAUCUAGCGCCGCCGUCGGAUAAAUCCACGAGCGCCUUCUAUUCUUGUAUCCGGAUCCCAGUCGAGGGCGCGGUCCCAAUAAAUCCUCCUGAUAAAGAAGAAACGCUCUCUGCGCAGACGGAGCCGGUUUCAGGCAGGGCGCCGCGGAAGUCGAAGACGGAUGCUCUGCAAGCCAUCAAGACGGGACAUAGCGCCGGGGCCGGGGAGACGGAUGAGGACGAGGGCGAGGACGAGAGGAACGAUGUAUGGGCGGAGAGAUACCGCAAUGUGCCUCCGAUUGUGCCUCCGAAGAUUUUGGAUCUGUCGACGGUGAAGACGGAGAGUCUGCGACCCGACUCUCUGCCGCGCAAAGAGGCGAGACCGUUCGGGCUCCCGGACUGCCCGACGUUCUACCCUACAGUAGAAGAAUUCAGAGACCCUAUGGCAUACAUCCGCUCCAUAUCCGAGACGGCUAACGCACACGGAAUCUGCAAAGUCGUGCCCCCCGCUGGGUGGAAGAUGCCUUUCGUGACAGAUACAGCAAACUUUCGCUUCAAGACCCGCGUUCAGCGCCUGAACUCAGUCGAAGCCUCUUCGCGAGCCAAGCUCAACUUUCUGGAACAACUAUAUGUGUGGCACCAACAGCAAGGAAAUCCACGUGUAUCAGUGCCCACGAUCAACAAUAAGCCGCUGGAUCUGUACUUGCUACGGAAGGAAGUGCGCAAGCUGGGUGGUUUCUACGUCGUGUCUAAGAACAAGCUCUGGUCCGAACUCGGCCGCAUUCUGGGAUAUUCUGGCAUUCCUGGUCUCUCGACGCAGCUCAAAAACUCAUACACUCGGGUCAUUCUUCCUUUUGAGGAAUACGAGGCUAAGAAUGCGUCCAAGGAGGCCAGCAAGGCACCCCUUUCUGUCAGCAAAGCACCUCAGCCGAUUCCUUCCAAAGCUCCCGCCGUCGAAGAGAAGCAGCUAACAAGCGUUCCGCUUAAGCCCAUGGACAUCAGCCCGCCGGAAAGUCCCUUGACAGCCACCUCGAGCCCUUUGUCAGAGCCGCCAGAGGAUGGAGAGAGGGCAACUGAAAAGACUGCUGCUGCUACUGCUGCUGCUGGCAGACCACGGCGUAGUACGAGAAUGGGAUCGAAAACUCCGGGACUUGGCAGACUGCAGGUCUCGCCGUUGCCUGUUCCAACCUUCCACGACGGCAAGGAUCUCAAAGGAUCCCUCGAGCAAAACUGCGAAAUAUGUCAUAAGAAGAAUCGUGGAUUCCAUAUGUUCUGCCUCGAUCCUCCAUUGGAUGCGAUUCCCAAAGAGCAGUGGUUCUGUUACACGUGUCUCGCUGGCACGGGCGGUGACUACGGUUUCGACGAGGGCGACGAACACAGUUUAUCCAGCUUCCAUGCUCGGGAUAACGAAUUCCGGCGUGUGUGGUUCGAGUCUCAUCCGCCCAUGAGAGACCCCGAUGCGUUGGAAAUCGAUGACCCCACGUCCAGUCGCAUUGGGAAUGUGACCGUGUCCGAGUACGAUCUAGAGAUGGAGUUUUGGCGAUUAGUGGACACGCAGGAAGAGACCGUCGAGGUUGAAUAUGGCGCUGACGUUCACUCGACCACCCAUGGAAGUGCGAUGCCUACGAUGGAAACCCACCCGUUGAACAGUUACGCAACGGACCCUUGGAAUCUCAACAACAUUCCCAUUGUCUCCGACUCGCUACUACAAUACAUCAAGUCAGAUAUCUCUGGGAUGACGGUUCCUUGGACCUACGUUGGCAUGACCUUCUCAACUUUCUGCUGGCAUAACGAGGAUCAUUACACCUACAGCAUCAAUUUCAUGCAUUGGGGAGAAACCAAGACUUGGUACGGCAUCCCAGGUGAAGACGCGGAACUGUUCGAGGCUGCUAUCAAGUCCGAGGCGCCAGAUUUGUUCCAGGCCCAGCCGGACCUGUUAUUCCAGCUUGUCACGCUGAUGAACCCGAAGCGGGUGACGGAUGCUGGCGUCAAGGUGUAUGCGUGCAAUCAACGGGCCGGCGAAUUCGUCAUUACCUGCCCCAAGUCCUAUCAUGCGGGAUUCAAUCACGGGUUCAAUUUCAAUGAGGCUGUGAACUUUGCCCUGCCAGAUUGGCUCAAGUACGGCAAAGAAUGCGUCCAGCGCUAUCAGGAUCACCGGAAGCUGCCCGUCUUCUCGCACGACGAGCUGCUGAUCACGAUCUUCCAACAAUCGCAGUCGAUCAAGACUGCCAUUUGGCUGUACGACAGCCUCGCGGAAAUGACGGAACGCGAGAUCAACGAUCGGCAGACUGCACGUGGUCUGGGAAUGACUGAGAUCCUGGAAGAGGAGGACCGGCCAGAAGACCAGUACCAGUGCACGACCUGCAAGGUGUUCUGCUAUCUGUCACAGAUCACGUGCGGGUGCAAGUCCGCAGCGAUCGCCUGCAUCCAGCACACGCACCUCGUUUGCGAGCGGCCCGGAGAGAAGUCGCCGGAGCACUUGAUUCUGCGCAAACGGUUCCCUGACGAGUACCUGAAGGAUGCACUGGCUGCUGUGGCCCAGCGGGCGGCGAUCCCCGAAACAUGGCGCGCCAAGCUGUCCAAAGUGUUGCAGGAGAGCCGCCGGCCGUCGCUGCGUUCCCUGCGCGCACUUGCGUCCGAGGGCGAGCGGAUCAACUACCAUCUGCCGGAGCUGGUAUCGCUGCGGCGAUGCGUGCAGCGCGCCAACCAGUGGGUCGAGUCGGCGAACAGCUUCCUGAUGCGCAAGACGCGAGCUCGGGGUGGCCGACGGAGUCGCGGGCGGUACUCAACGGGGAUCGACGCGGAGAUUGACUGGCCGGAGAAGCGACUGGAGGAGCUGCGCGCUCUGCUGCGCGACGUCGAAACGCUGGGUUUUGACUCGUCUGAGAUCGCCGGGUUGCAGGCGCUGGGGGAGACCGCCGAGAAAACACGGCAGGAAGCAAGCGCUCUGCUGCUGAAGACGGUCCCGGAGGAUGAUGGGCAGCGGGACGAGUACAUCGAGAGCUGCAAACGGAUCGUGACGGAUGGGGCGUCGUUGAAUGUGCUGUUGGACGAAGUGGUGCAGCUGGACGGGCUGGUCAAACGGGAGCGGCUGAUCGCCGUGCUGGAGAACUCGCUGGACGACGACAUUGGGAUGGACGAGUGCCGCGAUCUUCUGGAGCGGGCGGCUCAGUGCGGAGUGCCGAUGGACCACCCGCAAGUGCAGCAACUGCAGGCGCGGAUGGAGGCAGGUUGUUCAUGGGAGGACCGGGCCCGCGCGCUGCUCGAGAAACCCAUCAAGACGAUCGCCGAGCUGACUGAGGCGUCGCGGCUGGACGACACGGUUUCGACGAGCAACAAGGUCUACCGGGAGAUCAUGGCGCUGCUGAACAAGGCCAAGGAUUUCGAGCGCCAGGCAUUUGCAUGGCUGACACCUACGGAAUCGGAUCAUGUGCGUCCGAAAGGGCAGGAGGUGAUCCGACUGGCAACGCGAGCGGAGCGGGAGUUCAAGAUCGAGAUCAUCGACAAUCUGCGGCAGACUGCGGUGUUUGCGCUUGAUCUCGAGAGCCAGUGCGAGGCGGCGCUGCACAACAAGGCGAUCGUGGCGAAGGAUAUGACGUCAUUCGCGCUGAUCCUGAAGUGGCGGGAAUAUGCGCAUGCGCAUUUGCACAUGUUUACGCUGCCGUGGUUCAGCCAGCUGGAUGCGCAGCUCGAGGCGCACUUUGCGUGGGUCAAGACGCUUCCGUGGUACUGCCCCGAGCACGAAAAGCUGGAGUGGAAGUCGCUCGUGGAAGACGUGAUCGAAUGCACGAGGCCAGAGGAGGAUCUGCCCCCGACGGCGGAGUGGUUCACCUGCAUCUGCACCGAGCCCGUGAAGCCGCCGCCGGCGGGGCAGUCGUCGGAUGCGGUGCAGUGCGACCACUGCUAUGCCCGCUUCCACGGCGCGUGCGCGAACAACGGGGGCUCGUGUCCCUUCUGCGACUACCACCACUGGAACGGGUCGAUCCACAAAGACCGCAGCUGGCAUUUUGCGCACCUCGGGCCGAUGCUGCUCAGCGCGCCGGAGCUGACGAAGAACUACUCGGACGAAUGGAAGCAGCUUGAGAUGGUCGUGCACCGGGUGGACCGACUGGCUGGGGUGAUCGGGCAGUUCCUGGCGUACACCAAGGACCACGAGCCCCGACAGCCCGACCACCUGCCGCAGGUGCGGCAUUUUAUGCGGAAGCUGUACAAACUGCAGUUCGCGGUCGCGCCGGCCGCGGACACGUCGUUCGGGCUGGAACUGGCCGGGCUGCACCGGAUUCUGGCGCUGCGCAAGGGCCCGGUGAACGAGCGGCACGCGGCGAAGCUGGCGGCGCGCAAACGCGAGAAGGAGCUGAUGCAGGCGCGCAAGAAGCGGCGGGUCAAGUUCACGUUCGGGCAGGACGUGGAUGUGAACUGGAAGGACGGGACGCGCUGCAUCUGCCGGGGGCGCACCCCGUACCUGCUCAACUACCCGCCGGUCACGUGCGACAUGUGCAACCGCAAGUACCACGCGGGCUGUGUGUUCUUCCCCGACGACAGCAAGGACGGCGCGCGCUUCCACUGUCCGGUGUGCAUGACGAAGAAGAAUCUGGUGUAUCCGUACGCGGAAGUGAGGAUCCGGCCACCAGCUGAACUGCGACAGCCGACCGACCAGUACGUCGAUGCGCCGAAGAUGAUCGAGCAGAGCACGAAGGAGCUGAUCUUCAAAACCUUGGGCAUGCCAUACACCAAGACGCUCUUCCUCGAGGUCGUCAAGGUCGACGUGCACGUGUCCUCGUCCGCCUCGUCCUCAUCAGCGUCGGCGUCCCACGCCCGCUCGGUGUUCCGCCCCCAGCCCUACCGACACCCACACGCCCGUGCAGAAAGCUCCGCGCCGGCGACGCCGCCGCUCGCGAUCGCACCACCACCGUCCGCAUCCUCAUCAGCGUCCAUGGGGAACUACUUUCCGCCGCCCCCGCCGCCGCCGCCGAUCCGGUCGCCCGGGGACGCCGUGGCCGCGCUGGACCGGAAGCGCAAGCUGAUGGAGCACCAGCACCAGCAGCCGCACGUCGCGCGGCCGGCGCCGGCGAGGACCCUGGAGGAGCUGCAUGCGUUCGAGGAGCCGGUGACGAUCUACCCGAAGCGCGAGCAGCCGGGCAGCAAGCCGCUGUCGCCGUCGCUCGCGAAGAUCGUGCUGCGGUAG